UCCCCUCCCCUCUACCAAGCGUGCCUGCAGCUUCUUGCGCCUCGACCUUUUCCUCGUGGAAGCUCUGGAUUCUAUCGCCAUGAAGGCCCCUCAAGCCCUGCUCCUCGCCCUGGCCGCCGGCUGCGCCUGCGUGGCCUCGGCGAUGCGGCAGGUCGAGCUCGACCAGGUCGAGCCGCUGCAGCUCUCCUCCUUCGACGGCUACAAGUUCGGGAACUCCUUCGGCGCCGACGGAUACUACAGCUUCUUCUACCUGCUCCCGACGAGCUCGCGCUCCGAGCAGCGGACGGCCUCCGGCGAGGUCACGGGCGAGUACGCCUUCGUGGCCCCCGAGGGCGACGAGUUCGAGUUCCGCUACAGCGCCGGCGACGAGGGCUACCGCGUGGAGAGCGACGCGCUGCCCGUCGCGCCCGAGGACACGGACGAGGUGAAGAAGGCCAAGGAGGAGUUCUUCGCCGCCUACGAGAAGGCGCUCGAGCUGGCCGGCUCCUACGAAGAAGACGAGGAGUCGUCAGAGGAGUCCUCGGAGGAGGACUACAGCGACGAGUCUGACGAGGACUCGAGCGAGGAGUCCGACGAGGACGAUGAAGACUCUGAGGAAGAAGAAGAAGAAGAAGAGGAAGAGGAAGAAGAGAAGGGAGAAGAAGAGGGAAAGGAAUCCAAGGUGUUCCCGAAAUUCCAGAGCUUCGCCCGACCGGGUCCCGGCUUCGGCCAGAAGAUCCGGAAGCCCUCCUACCCGUACCCGUACUCGCGAUGAGGCCCGCCCUUCCCGCAGCAACGCUCAGGUCGAUAUUCCUCCGCGCGCGAAGGGCAUGUUCGCCCUUGUCGCACCUCUCCUUAAGGCCCAUUUUUCUCCGCUGAAUCCUCGCAGUGACGCCCCUCUGGCCCGUAGUCUCGGGCCUCGCAUCCGAAAGACGCUUCUGGUUUGCAGCAACGAGUGGAAAUCUGUACAUUCUCCUUCCCUUCUCGUUCCUACUCGUUUCCCGCUCGUAUAGAAUGACCGGGCGACUCUGGCUGGACCGCUUGCUCAAUUGACAACUGAUUCUCAGAGGUUCGACUUGCAGAACAUUAAAUCUAUCUAGAAUCGUCCACACUCACCUGGAUGGUAGUGCGGUCAGUAAUGUAUGUAAAUAAUUUCCCUAUCAUCAGUGGUACCGCAAAUCAAUUAAUGAAAUAAAGAUCAUGAAAAUCAAGACUCAAAACAAAAAGAAAAAGGAAAAGGGUCACCAGUCGCCGCACUAGAGCAUUGAGUAUCUCGGUAGCUUAUCUUCCUCUCACCUCUCACCUCUCCGUCGACUCUGCUGUCAAGGCACGCUUAUAGAUAUCCAGAUGUUUAAAUAUUUAAUUUACCAUAUAUAUAAUGAUGUACAAAUAGUUGCCCCUCGAUAUUGUACAGGCUUCGGCAAGACGCUAAUUCUUAUAGAACUGAUAUUUAUAUUUUUAUACUCAUCAACUUUAUGGCAAUAAAGCUUGA